AUGUCUUCCGCGCCGGCAUCAUCAUAUCCACUACACAACAUGACGAAUAUACCUGUCGAACUGUUGCUGAUCCCGCUGUGUUUAACAGCGCUAGUUUCCACCGAAAUUGACAAUUACGUGCCCGACUUGGGAACGAAGCAUUCGAGUGUGCAAUACAGUGUUUUCAAAUCGCCGGCUGCCCCGUGGCAUGCAAAGGAUUUUAGCCGAAGCCCCGUGAUUCGCCGCUUCAGCAUGUAUCAGGAGUUCCGACGCUUGACUGGCGUCGUCAUCAUGGCGGAGAAUCCGUGGGACGAAGUUUUUGUCAAAGAGCCGGCUGGAGGUGGGUGCCGAUCGAAGGCUUCGAGUACAGUUCGGGACACGGCGGCUUUGCACGGAUGUCACUUGGCCGUGUCCGCCGGCUUUUUCAAUACAUCUGAUGGCGCGGUGAAGGAAACGUUGCCCCAGGAGCUAACGUUACCGGCAUCGUCCUCUGAUUUCAUUCCUACCGCGCCGACUCGACUCUACCGUUGUCCCUGCGCCCGCGGAAACAUCGUCCAACUCUCUGUCUCGCUUUCUUGCCCUCUUUCCCGCUCUCCCCCACUGCCUUGGCAGUCCAACGGCCUCGCGUUAGCGCCGGAAACGGGCGAACAAAGGAACGCCAGGGUUGCUGGAUAUACUGUAAUCCACUCGCGUGCUCCCUAUCAAGUCGCGUCGCAUCAGAUGCCCAUGACAAAAAGGUGGAAAACCAGGACACAUUCCGACGCCGCCGGCGUCGUGCACUCUCAGGUCGACGAAAAUGCCACGGAUCAUCGCGGAAAAUCAACUCGCAUCAUCAACAAUAGAAUUCUCAAUGCAGUACUCGAUUUUCGCUUUCGUCACUGUUCUCAGAACAGACACUCGUGCAUUGGAAACGUGGUGACGAAUUCGAGCGUGAUCCAAACAAGUUCGAACCUAAAUGCCCAUUUCGGGCUCUUGCGCACUGGGGAGAUGUUCAUGGGCUACCCGAAUGUGAGCUGCAUUGACGAUUUCAAAGAACUGGUUGUGGGUGCUCUAUGGAUUGUGAGAGACGGGAAGCCGAAUUGGGAACACAGUGCCCAGAUGGAGGAAGUGUCUGUGCAGCAAACCGGUUCUUGGAAGGAUUUCAUGGCUGUUGUUUCAGCCAGGGCAAGUAUAGGCUGGGACAAGCGAGGAAGAAUCAUCCUGGCUGCUGUGGACGGGAAAACGGGAAAAGACGGAACCAAUAUCCCGGGGAUCGCGAGGGUGAUGAUGCACUUCGGCGCCGUGGAAGCCAUCAACUUGGACGGCGGCGGGUCCAUGACCGUCGUGGCGGACGGGAUGGUGUUCAAUGCCCCAUCAGACGCGAAACCGGACGAGAACGACGAGCCCUGGAUUUACAUGACUGCAGAGCGACUGGUCACGUCCAUCAUGUGCUUCAAGAGAAGAUGAUCACUCACUGCUGGAUACAUCGUCACAAUUUCCAAUUCAUAGAGAAUAUAGAUAAAUAAAAACCAUCAUUCACUUUUUGGUCAGUGCAAUGUUCAGUUGUGUUUCUGGUCUAUUAUCGUGUAUUAAACGAUUCAUUGUUUUUGGAGUUGCCAAUUUA